AUCAGCCAUUGUUUCCAAAGGUGGAAAAUAAACGGCAAAAUAACAAAAUUGGAAAAACAAACUCCAAAGUUACUCUGCUUUCCUCCCUCCCCUCCACCGGCACCCAGUCGGACGGUCGCCGUCUCAUAAGCUAACCAAAACCUGCAGACGCAGAGAUGCUGUUGCUAUGUAGUUUCACGACUUUCUCGCACUGUAAAACUGUCGUUGAUUCGAAAGCCGAUAAGUGAGAAUCUCGAGCCGAGCUUUGUGUUUUACAGUAGUUCACAAUUCCAUUUCCUUCGGAGGCUCUUAAAGCUGCAUUUGGAUCUGGUUUGGAUGGGUAUACUCCUUUUUAGAUGAGUUCAAAAUUCCCAGCUACCAAUGGGCAACAAGUUGCAUAUAAACCCAGGGUCAAGGCAGAUUUCAUUUUCGAAUGACUAUGAGAUGUUCAGGUAUAAGUUUAGCUGCCCACCUUUAAGCGUUACAUGCAGUUCAGUAGUUUUAUUUGUUUAUUUUGCAGUUCACUGUUAAAGCAAUCAAAAUUGGAGUUCUCAAGUUGACAUUAGGCUAAGAUUUAUCCAAGAAAUAUUUCAAUUGUGUAGAAGGGGACCUAAUAAAAGUUCAAUUGGUUGGGGCAUUCCGAGAAUCGAACUCGGGACCUCUCGCACCCGAAGCGAGAAUCAUACCACUAGACCAAAUACCCAACGUCCUAUGUAGGCUAUGUUUAAUUUGUACUUAAAACCAUGCAUUUGAAUCUGAACAAAACAUAGGGGCAUUCCGAGAAUCGAACUCGGGACCUCUCGCACCCAAAGCGAGAAUCAUACCACUAGACCAAAUGCCCUAUAUUUGAUAUAUACUGUGUAAUCGCUAGGUCCACCAGAACAUAUUUUCCUGGCCUUUAAGACUAGAAACUGGAAAUCCUGUUUGUGGAGAUGCAUUCCUGAGUAGGAAAAUGGGUAUGGAUCAGACUCAGGAAGUGUUGCGCCCUGGGGGAGAAUUUACAACUAGACCAAAUGGUUAUACUAUCUUGUUAAAAUUGUUAACAAGAAAAGACACAGAUUAGCUUUCUCACCUAAUAUUGCACAUCUGACAAAAAGUAAAUGUUACCUUAAUAUACAAUCGAUGGAAACGCAAGGAAUUGCUUAAAUUUCGGGCAAAAUAAUACCAAAGGUGACCAAUUCAUCGUCUAUAAACUUUUGACAUCUGUUCCCUGCAAUUCACUGCACCUCCAAAAAUUUCUCUCUGCCUUUGGUUUCUCUAGAUAUAAAAACAGGAGGACGACAUAGAUUGAGUUGAAGAACAAGAGAGAAAGGGGAAGAAGGGUAUAGAUUUUCUAUACUUUCCUCCCCAAGGUCACAUAUCCCUUUGCUCUUGCUCUUCCUAGGGGUUCUAAUAAAGCUUAGAUAGACAGACAGAAAUGGCAACACUUGGAGGGGCUCAACAAAAAUGCAUGGCCUGCAACAAGACGGUGUACUUGGUUGACAAGUUGACUGCUGAUAACCGGAUUUAUCACAAGGCUUGCUUCCGGUGCCACCAUUGUAAGGGUACCCUCAAGCUUAGCAACUUCAAUUCUUUUGAGGGAGUGCUGUACUGCAGGCCUCACUUUGAUCAACUCUUCAAGAGAACUGGCAGUCUGGAAAAGAGCUUUGAAGGUAAAAACAAUCUGUAAAAUAUGUUAUCAACCUUUGUUUCCAUCUUUACCAAGCUUAGAAAAAAUCUGCUCUAAAUUCUAUCUCCAAAUACUUUAUUUCAGGAACCCCAAAGAUUGUGAAACCUGAAAAAGUUAUUGAAAAUGAGGUAAAUAACUCUUUCAUGUACUC